CUGUUCGACCAAAUUCCCCACCCGGACACGUUCACAUUUUCCACCAUCAUCCGCGGUGCCUCCCACUCAUCGGACCCCUCCACCACCUUCCCCCUCUAUGCCCGCAUGGAGCAGGCUGCUAUCAGGCCCCACCAUGACUGCCACCUCGUCUUCCCCUUCCUCCUCCGUGCGUGUGUGCACCUCCGUUCACCGCCGCUCGCCGCGCAGUUGCAUUCCAGGAUUGUCAAGCUCGGUCUUGAAUCUGAUAAUUUUAUACGGAACGCCCUCAUUAACUUCCACGCAAAGUGCGGGGACUUAUCCACGGCCAAUGUGCUGUUUGAUUCACGUGCUAGGGGUGACAUUGUCGCGAGUUCCUCUCUCAUUGCGGGCUACGCGAUGAGAGGGGAACUUGAUGUCGCGAGGACGUUGUUUGAUGAGAUCGAUUCGAAGGAUUUGGUUGCUUGGAACGUGAUGAUCACGGGGUAUGCAAAGAGAGGGGAGAUGGAUAAGGCGAGGGAAUUGUUUGAUCGCGUGCCGGAGAAAGAUACCGUUUCUUGGAACGUGAUGAUUGCUGGGUAUGCUAAGUGUGGCUCGCAAGAUAAGGCGAUGGAGAUGUUUGAGGAGAUGAGAAGUGUAGGGGAGCGACCCGAUGAGGUCACAAUGCUGAGCUUGAUAUCAGCUUGUGCUGAUACCGGGUCGAUUGAUAUUGGCAUAAAGCUACAUUCCUCUCUCAAUAGAGUAAAUGUGCAUGUUGGAAAUGCUUUGAUUGACAUGUAUGCAAAAUGUGGGAGCAUUGAGAGAGCGAUGCGAGUGUUUCGAGGGAUGAGAGAGAGGGACGUCUCGAGUUGGAAUUCAAUGAUUGGAGGAUUAGCUGUCCAUGGGCAUGCCAACGAGUCCGUUCGUCUAUUUAAGGAGAUGAGGAGGAUGAGAGUGAAGCCAGACGAGAUUACCUUCGUUAGCAUUCUCGUCGCUUGUAGCCAUGGAGGGAUGGUGGAUGAUGGGAGAAGGUACUUUCAUCUUAUGAGAAAUGAAUAUGGCAUUGAACCGAACAUGAAGCACUGUGGAUGUAUGGUUGACAUGCUCGGGCGAGCUGGGUUUCUGGAUGAAGCGUUUGAGUUUGUUGAUGGGAUGAAGAUUGAGGCGAAUCCGAUUAUAUGGAGAGCUUUGCUGGGAGCUUGUAAAGUCCAUGGGAAUGUUGAGUUGGGGAGAAGAGCAAAUGAAGAGCUUUUGAAGAUGAAAUGGAAGGAUGAGAGCGGGAGUGGAGAUUAUGUGUUGUUGUCUAAUAUAUAUGCUUCUUUAGGGGAAUGGGAGGGAGUUGAGAAAGUGAGGAGAUUGAUGGAUGAUAGUGGCGUGAUGAAGGAAGCUGGUUCUACACUCAUUGGUGCAGGUAGAUUGUUGUAAAGAAAUAGCUCAUGUGCUACAGGAUUAAUUGCGGACAGAACCCUGUACUAUCCCCCAAUUGCGGAUAGACCCGUGUACUAUCGCCCAAGUACGGAUACCCCUCUUCUGGUAUCGUUGCAGAUAGACCUCCUGAUUCAAAAAAAUUUGGCUCUUUUAUCCUCAGAACGAAUGAGUUCUUUUUUAACAAAUAGACCUCCUGAGUGUCAAAGAUCAGUCAGGGGUCCUAUCUGCAACAAUAGAACUACAGGGGACUAUCCCGAAUUGAACUAUAGUACGUAGAGAGGACUGCACUGAACAUGGUACUGUUAUACUCACAGGAGAAUUAUCAGAAAAUGGAAUGUAAGCAAAAAGCUGAUAGAUCCAGAACAAAUUCAUAUUGAUAUUUGAUGCCUAUUAAUGGUCAUCUGCAUGAGAAAUGGAUACGGAGGAUUCAGUAAAUAAAUUGUCAGACAAGUUUAGAAG